ACAACGGCCACCUUUUAUUCCCUUUGGAUGCUAUCAUCUUGCUCACUCGCGCCAAACCCAUCCAAGAAAAUGGCUGCCAUUCUUCACAUCACAUCUCUUCAAUCCAACACUCCCUCGUUCCUCCUCCAUUCCCUCACACCAUUUCAGCCCUCCCUCCGCCACAGCUCCCUCAAAUCGAAGGGUCACAUCCUCUUCCAAAGAAGAAAGAGAUCGAUAGCCUUCACCUGCCAAUCCAUUAGCGAUGACGGCGAUGAUGGUUAUUUGUUGGACGCUCCUGUUUCCGCUGGAGAUGGCUUCUCUUUUAGCGGAGGGAAGUAUUCUGAUGGACCUAAUCCUGCUGAUGAGUGGUUUAAGACAGGAAAAUAUAUGAAAGCACAUCCUGUUUAUGGCACCGGUGAAAAGGCCAAGGAUCCAAUUUUUGGUUUGACAAUGGGUGGCAAUUCACAGACCUCAACAGAUCUCUUCAGAUGGUUUUGCGUUGAAAGUGGAAAUGCUGAUAAACCUUCAGUUUUACUAAUUCAUGGAUUUCCUUCACAAGCUUAUUCAUAUCGCAAGGUACUGCCAUUGCUAUCCAAGGAUUAUCAUACCAUAGCUUUUGACUGGUUGGGCUUCGGAUAUUCAGAGAAGCCUCAACCCAAAUAUGGUUUUGAUUACACCUUAGAUGAAUUUGUGUCAGCUUUGGGAUCUGUUAUUGAUGAACUUGGGGUCAACAAGGUUUCACUCGUUGUUCAGGGGUAUUUUGCGCCAAUUGUUGUUAAAUAUGCAAGCAAACAUCAAGAGAAGUUGAAUGAUCUCAUACUGCUUAAUCCUCCUCUUACAGCCAAGCAUGCAAACCUGCCAUCAACAUUGUCAAUUUUCAGCAACUUUUUGUUGGGUGAAAUAUUUUCACAGGAUCCUCUUAGGGCAAGCGAUAAAACAUUAACAAGCUGUGGACCCUACAAAAUGAAAGAAGAUGAUGCUAUGGUGUAUAGGAGACCAUAUCUUACAUCUGGUUCAUCUGGAUUUGCUCUUAAUGCAAUAAGUCGCUCAAUGAAAAAGGAACUUAAGAACUAUGUUGAAGAAAUGAGAAAAAUCCUUAUGGAUGAUGAUUGGAAAGUUAAAACUUCAAUAUGUUGGGGACAAAGAGACCGUUGGCUAGACUUUGAUGGAGUUGAAGAUUUUUGCACGGCUUCAAAACAUCGACUAGUCGAACUUCCCAUGGCAGGGCAUCAUGUACAGGAGGACUUGGGUGAAGAAUUAGCAACGGUUAUUGCUGGACUCGUUAGUAGAAAGGUUCGUAUAUGAUGUCAUUGUGACAUUGAUUCAUAAUAUAAAACAAAAAAUGGUAUAUAUAUAUAUAUGUGAUUAAUUAUUGUUAUUUGUUACACGUAUAUGAAUUUGAAAAGAACAUUUAUAUUUGUUAAAUAAUUGUAAAACUUAAAAAUAAUCCAAGGGGAUUUUGUGUUUGUCAA